CCUUGACUCUCUUUGCACCUUGUUGUCACACUUUGACCCUCUCUCAGUAAAUCAGCCUUAGCUGCAUCAACAGUAUGUACCCUCUGUGUGGUAAACAGCGUUCAGUCUGAGGUCCAGGCAUUAAACAACUUCAGUUUUGUAAUGUCAAAGCUUAUUGGUGAGAGGCCGACCUGCAGCAAACUCCACGUGAGUGUUAAUCCUCGGGGCUGCAGCCCACGUUUCGUACAGAAUACCUCCUAAUAACUGUGGACGGGGGAGCAGUGCUGCGUGAGAAAAUGGGGAUCGACUCUGGGGUCAAUAUUUCGGAUGCACCUUACGGGGGAAAAAGUGCUUUCACCCAAAUGGAGCACAACAUCGUGGCUGGAUAUCUCCUCACUGCAGGCAUUCUCAGUUUGUCCAGUAACAUCGUGGUGCUGCUCAUGUUUGUGAAGUUUAAGGAGCUCCGCACUGCCACCAACUGCAUCAUCAUCAACCUGGCGCUCACCGACAUCGGAGUGGCAGGUAUCGGGUACCCCAUGUCUGCUGCGUCUGACCUACACGGCAGCUGGAAGUUUGGCUACACAGGAUGUCAGAUCUACGCAGCUCUCAACAUCUUCUUUGGCAUGGCCAGUAUCGGUCUGCUGACUGUGGUGGCCAUCGAUCGCUACCUGACCAUCUGCAGACCGGACAUCGAGCAGAAAAUGACGGGGCGGUCGUACAACCUUCUUAUUCUGGCAGCGUGGUUGAACGCGGUGUUCUGGUCCACCAUGCCGAUAGUGGGCUGGGCAGGUUACGCUCCUGACCCCACAGGAGCCACUUGCACCAUCAACUGGAGACAGAACGAUGCCUCGUUUGUCUCGUACACCAUGGCGGUGAUUGCUGUGAACUUUGUGUUGCCUCUCUGCGUCAUGUUCUACUGCUACUACAACGUGACAGCCACCGUGAAGAGGUACAAAGCCAGCAACAGUCUGGACAGCAUCAACAUCGACUGGUCGGACCAGAUGGAUGUCACCAAGAUGUCCGUGGUGAUGGUGGUGAUGUUCCUGGUGGCCUGGUCUCCAUACUCCAUAGUGUGCCUCUGGGCAUCUUUUGGGGACCCCAGGAAAAUCCCCGCCCCCAUGGCUAUCAUCGCUCCGCUCUUCGCUAAGUCCUCCACCUUCUACAACCCCUGUAUCUACGUCAUCGCCAACAAAAAGUUCAGGAGGGCCAUCAUCGGGAUGAUUCGGUGUCAAACCAGGCAGCGAAUCACCAUCAACUCUCAGGUUCCCAUGACCACCUCCCAACAAACCCUGACCCAGUGAGGUGAAGCUGCCUCAGUGUCCCGUGUAUCGAUAUAUAACAUUAAACCGUGUAUAGAGACUGUUAGGAUGUAAGAACAUGAAUGAAUGUUUUUCUUUCAGUUUGCAUCGCACCGUGGCGUUUACUGUGUAAAUCUCACAUGCUGUGCUGCUGUCGUCACUGUUUGUGUGCUGCGUACUUCAAUAACAAACUGACAA